AUGUAUUCGGGAAGGUUGGGAUAUAAGACUUAUAGGAGUGAUUACAUUUGGAGGAAAAAAAUAGUUAAUCUCUUAAAACCAUUUGAAGAAAUUACAAGACAUUUUGCACCAAUAAGCAAAAAAGGAGAAUCAUUAGAAUCAUGGAUUGAUCUUAUUUAUGGUUCAGAAGACCCAGAUACUAACGAUGAUUUAAGUCUUAGUAGUGAUAAUGAAGCUAAUAUACCAUCAGCAGAAAAUCGAAAACAAUGGCAAUAUACACACUGA